AUGUUUCAUCUGACGCUCAUUUUCACUACUUUUGGUACUCUUGCUGCCAUCAAACGCAGUAACGGAGCUCAACAGCAUCUCAUGGCCGCUACUGACUCUCUGCUGGAAGCCAUCGAAAAGACCGAGGAUGCUAUCGAUGACCAAAUGCUGGCGGUCCUUGAGGGCUCUGUCAAUGGGAACCGCGCCGUGCCCAUCGAUUUCGCCCAGCACAUGUCUUCCCUCCUCAGCCAGCCCUCGUCCUCAGAGGCAGAGGCCCCACAACAAGAAAGGGUCAGUGGCUCAGGAGUGGCUUUGGAUGUCACCAACAUCAUUCUUCUCCUCGGGAUGCUCCUAAUGGGAGUCGCCCUAGGCGUCGCUGCUGUGGCUUAUCGCGAGAAGGUAAUCACAUGCUUGGAAGCUCUACCGUUGGGCAAGAGGACCAGAAAGUUCUACAUGUCUCGCCGCGAGACAUUCCGGAAAGCAGCCGUUAACCCUCCCUUCCUCCACGCCGCACCAAUGACGGAGUCUCCAGUCGAAAGCGCCUGA